UCUUUUUCUGGAUUAAACAAUGUUAAAGAUUGGUAAAACGUGGCUUAGUCUCUGGAAGCGUAAUGGGUGACCAUAUAUAUUGUGAAAACUGUCAUGUAAUAAUAUUAUAAUAAUAACAAGCAAAGUCUUCUCUUCUGAUCUCGUCUGUUUGUUUCAUUGAAGGAUUCCGCUUUUUUUUUUUGUAAUUCUCACUUUCAGCAUGUAGCUUUUUCCUUUUUCAUAGAGCCAUGUUUCAUGUUUUAAUCUCUUAGUUUUGGUUUGGUGAGAGAGAGAGAGAUCUCACAGGUCUUGAGUUUUGUCAAAAGGCCCUUUCGGUACUCUUCUCAAAAGAAAACAGAAGUUCGAGACAAAGGCUCUGCGUUUCAGGACAAAGGCCUUCUGCUGAAGCAAACUCUACAGCGGUGAAGAAAGGUAACCUUGAUCAUGUCGGACAAGGCUCUGCUGAAGCAACGACAGGGUGAGGUUGCGAGGCACGAGACCGAGCUGAGAAACCCUGCAGCCUCAAAAUGUGAUUGUGCGAGGAAGAAAGAUGUUCAGAUACAAAAGAUGGAAAAAGAGAUGGCAGAGUUGAGAAAGCAGAGGGAUCUUGCUGAGUCCAGGCUUGAAGAUUUCAUGAGACUGAUUGAACACCAUCAUCAGGCGUUAAAGUAUGGAACUCCGCAUUUUGGCAACCACACAGACAAGUGGAAGGAUGGUUCUGCUGCUUCAGAGACAUCAGGAGUGGUCAAUUUAUUAGACACAAGGAGUUUCAUAUCUGACGAUGAUGAUGAUGAUGAUGAUGAUCUCAAUGAAGUAGUGCUGCCUAUGCAUUCAGAAAAUCCAUCGGAUGAAUAUUGCAAAGAAGUUCAGUGCAUUGAGAUUGAGGAAACAUACUCAGUAGUCUGUAGUAAUGACAACCACAAAGACGAGAAAGAAGAAACUAAAAAUGUUGUAGGCCAUAGUGAGGAUCAUGCUAAUGAAGAUGAAAGGAGUAUAGUCCAUAGUGAGGAUCAUGCUAAUGAAGAUGAAAGGAGUAUAGUCCAUAGUGAGGAUCAUGCUAAUGAUGAUGAAAGGAGUGUAGUCCAUAGUGAGGAUCAUGCUAAUGAAGAUGAAAGGAGUGUAGUCCAUCGUGAGGAUCAUGCUAAUGAAGAUGAAAGGAGUGUAGUCCAUAGUGAGGAUCAUGCUAAUGAUGAUGAUGAAAGGAGUGUAGGCCAAAACGUGAACCACGGAGAGACCGUGCCAGGGAGCAGCACUCCACCUGAAAACCUAAGGGAAGAAAGACAAGAGAGUCACGAGAUUGUGUUUCCAGCUGAGUUAGAAGAGUUGGGUUUUAGUGUGUCGAGGAAUGAUUCUAUGUCUUCUUCUUGCGGGAGCAAUUCCACUGGCAUCCCAACUCCCUUGGGAGAAGAGGGAGGUAUCUCUACCAUCCAGUCUUUUGUUGAUGGGCUUAAGGCGAUGGCUAAUCGUCAUCAAGAGUUCUCGAAUGCUGAGGCUUCUGGUAAAAUGGAGAGGGACCUUGGCCGUGUGGACGGGGACUUUGAGAGACAGCGUAAAGAGAUUCUGGAACUAUGGCAAAGCUGUAACGUCUCUUUGGUGCGUAGAACAUACUUCUUCUUGCUCUUCAAAGGAGGUGAUGAAGCUGAUUCAGUCUACAUUGGAGUUGAGCUAAGAAGACUUUUGUUUAUGAAAGAUCGCUUCUCUCAGGGAAAACAAGUCUCGGAAGGAGGAGAAACCUUAACAUUGUCUUCAAGCCUGAAGGCGCUUCACAAGGAGAGAAAGAUGCUGAGCAAGCUUGUUAGUAAAAGGUUUUCAGAAGAAGAGAGGACAAGAAUCUAUCACAAGUUUGGGAUUGCGGUCAACUCCAAACGCAGGAAAUUACAACUUGCCAACGAGCUUUGGAGUAAUCCCAAGGACAUGAGUCAGGUUAUGGAAAGUGCAGAUGUUGUAUCCAAGCUUGUCAAGUUCACUGAACAAGGCAAAUCCAUGAAGGAGAUGUUUGGUCUGCCCUUCACGCCUUCUUCCUUCUUGACGUCUAACAAAGCGCAUGGUUGGAGGAAAAACAUGCCUUCACUUUUCUAACCAUCUUUGUAGCUGUGUGUAUCUUCUUUUGUGUCUUUCAGGUUCAUUUGUUUGCCUUUUGAUUUUGAAGGAGCCAACAUUGUGUAAUUUUUAUAUUCAUCACUCAAUAUUUUUUGGUA